UCACAAACCACGCUCGGGUACUUCAUAGUACAGACGUCGAUCAUUUCAAAAGUAAUCAGCAGCUUUGAUUCAUAAUUCAUAACUAGCGCUCGCCUCUUCACGAAUAAAACUCCACAGCUCUUUUCAAUACCACCCCGAGAAGCUGGCACGGUGAAUGUAUAGCCUCGAAGUAUGCUCCAUCAGUUCCAAGGACCUAGAAUAUAAAAAUACGGAAAGUGCAGUGUCUGAUUUACUAGCACAACCGAUUCGGUCAAACGUUGUCGUAACCAUGGUGCAUGUCGUCACUCCUGCCCCUUUGAACCCUAGUCGGGACGACAUCAUCUGGCUCACAGGUCCGCGCUUCAUAGGCAUUCUGUUCAACUGGUCAUUACUCGGAAUUUUGACUGCCCAAUUAUACAUCUACUACUUGAACUUUCCAAAGGAUAGGCGGAUAAUCAAGGCCCUCGUCUGCAUUGUGUAUCUUCUUGACUGGGCGCAGAUAUGCUCGGCCACUUACGAUACCUUUCAAUGGUUUGUGUGGGGAUGGGGAGACGUACCAGGACUCUACGACCUUUAUUCGUCGUUCUUGAAUAUCCCGAUUUUUUCUAGUGUCAUUGCUGCAAUUGUCCAGGUUUUCUUUGGCUGGCGAAUCUGGAAAUUCUCGCAAUCGACCGUCAUCUUUGGGCUGGUCACAAUUUUGGCACUAUUGCAGCUGGGGGGUGGGUUUGCCGUUGGAAUCUUGCUUUGGAGGGAUGCAUCGGAAGUCUCGCGCUCCAGCGCACUUGUCAGGGCAGUCGGAGUGAGGCUGGCAGGAAGUGGAUUUGUUGAUACCGUGAUUGCUGUCAGCAUGACCUACUUUCUGAUACGGAGCAAAACGCAGGCGAUAGGACAUAUGAAUAAUGUUGUCACUCGGCUCAUUCGAUUAACUAUCGAAACUGGAACGGUUACUGCCAUCGCCGCUAUUAUUGACCUCGUCUUCUUUCUCAAAGAACACAAUGGGCUUCACCAAGUAUCCGGCGUCAUCCUGUGCAAAUUAUACAGCAAUACUUUACUAGUGCUGUUUAAUAAUAGAAUAGUCAUAGCUGGUCAUGCAGGCUCGAACUUUGCUUCAACCACCGACAAUGUCCACCUUGUAUCAAGCAGUAACUCCCGAGGAUUGGAGUCUUUCACGCCAGCACCGGUGGAGCUCCGUACGAUGGGUUCAGCGACUUUGACAUCCAAAGGGGAAUGGAGGACUGAGAAUGAGAUUGCUCGAGAGUCUGAAAAUUAUGAAAGAUGAUAGCAUUGGGGUCUGGAUCAAUCUUUGUAAUGCAUAUCUAGUAUAUAAUUUCAAAGUAUCCCACUUUCCCAA